AUGACUGCUGACUUUUUGUUCCGCGUGCGACAAUAUCACCCAGUCAAUGACCUCUCGUUCGUGCGCCUCGGUUACGUUUCCCCCACAGAGGCCAAAUUUGUUCUGCGCGAGCCCGACCAGGCCAAGAUGCCUGUUACGAUUGAGAUUCAUAUCAAGGACCCCCAGCCGCCUUUCGACAAUCCGCUUUGGCAGGUGGGCGGUGGUCUAAGAUAUACCGACAACACAACCGACUAUACUGCUACACUUACCGUUCCGCUGAAACAUUCGCAACAAAGAGUCUAUGAGUGGAGAACCUCGAACAAUCACAGCGGAGAAUUCGUUGCUCCUCCCAGAGCUGGCCAAAUGUCUAGCUUUGCCGACAACAAGUUUACUUUCCUAUCGACUUCGUGCAUCCUCCCUCGAUUCCCCUAUAACCCUCUCGAGCACCCUCUGGCCAUUCCAGGUUUGCGAUCUCUUGCCAAGGUACUGCCAAAACUGCAUGCGCAGUUCAUGCUGUUCCUUGGCGACUUCAUCUACAUCGAUGUACCCAAGCGGCAGGGAAAACAGGAGGAAGACUACCGCCAAAAGUAUCGUCACGUCUACGCCUCCCCUGACUGGUCACCCGUCGCGCAGAACCUUAGCUGGAUACAUGUGCUCGACGACCAUGAGAUUGGCAAUGACUGGGAUUCCAACACCACCGGCGUAUAUCGAGCCGCCGUUGAGCCUUGGCACCAUUACCAGGAGCUCGCAAACCCUCCAGUUGCCCGAGUUGCUGGCGCGGGUAACCUGCGAAGAGUAGGAGCAACUUACUUUGAGUUUGUUCAGGGGCCUGCGAGCUUCUUCAUGCUCGACACUCGCUCUUAUCGAUCAACCAAUUCCUUGCCAUUUGACCACCCGGAAAAGACUAUGCUAGGUGCUCAACAGCUGGAGGACUUCCUCGACUGGCUUAAUCGCCCUGAACCCAAGGGUGUGAAGUGGAAGAUUGUUGCAUCUUCUAUCCCUCUUACCAAGAACUGGCCUGUUAACACCAGGGAUACAUGGGGCGGGUUCUUAGUCGAGAGACGAAAGGUCCUCGAAGCCAUGUGGGACGCUGGUGCUAGAGGCGUUGGUGUUGUGGUUGUAUCUGGUGACAGACAUGAAUUUGCCGCCACCAAGUUCCCUCCGCCGGCUGGUGAAAGGUGGCCCGAAACGGCUGCUGCAUAUGAAUUCUCCUGCAGCCCUCUCAACCAGUUCGCCUCGCCUCUUCCGACUUACAGGCAAUAUGAUGAUGAAGACAUUGCUCUUAAGUACGUUCACUCAGGCAAUUCCAAAUUCGGCGCACUCACUAUUGAGAACUUGGCCGAGGGAGAGCAGAGCAGCCUCAAGUACAGCUUGUAUGUUGAUGGGGAGGAGACCUGGAACACUAUGAUUCUGUCCCCCCCUGCAAUCGGCAGUGACAAGUCAGGUUCGUUCUGGAACAAGCUCAAGGGCAACUAG